CUCUCCUGGUGGCGUGGGACAGACCUGGCUAGGGGGGCUCCUCGUAGGCAGCUUCGUUCCCAGAGGUGAGGGGACGCGCGGCGCGCAGCGCAAGAGGUGUGCUGCUGUUGGCUCUCCGGAACCUUCUCGGUUUUUUUUCCUCUGUUUCCAGCAGUGAGUGGGUGGAAGUUUGCUAGGUCGGCAGCUUGGGGCACGGCUGUCUACCCAGCAGAGAGAAGUUUAUUCCCAAGAUGUGGGUAUCCUGGCGGGGGGUGGGGGGGGGGGGGUAGGAAAGUUUUCUAAAAGUUUAGUUAAAGGGUUUGUUCACUGGAUGUUUCUUAAGUUCCCUCACGCUACUGUUGAAGAGGUCAAGAAUGAGAAGUUUUGGAAAGCUGUGGGUUGUUUACUAACAGAAAGCACAAAAAAGAGGGACCCUGCUGUGAAGGAGGGAUUUAUGAGGUUGUUUCUUUUAAUUUUUGAAAUUGUGAAGAAUACAGCUGCGAAUCAUGAGCUGGAAAGUAAAAAAUGUCCCAGUUCCCCAGUUCUCUCUAAACCCUCGUACCUGCCUUCUUUUCCUACUCCUGCUUCUGCUCCGACACUGGGAAAGUCGGAGGGAGCAACCCAUCCACAGCAGACGCAGGGCUGCUACCCUCUCCCUGGCUCCCCCCGCUUUCCUUGGUACCCUCACCAUGGCAGUGAUGGCCACACCGUCGGGGAAUCUGUCCCUAAACCUCUUUCCAAUCCCUUUAUCCCCAUAGAUAACUCUGUAAAUGUUCAAGGUCGCUUUGUUUCCCAAAACCCAUUCCUUGCACAUUCCAGAGAGGUGCCACAAGAUGGCUGCUGCCUCGUGGCAGCCAUCCCGAUGUCUCAAAAUGGCCACUGCCACGUGGCAACCGUUCCGGCGCCGAAAAAUGGCUGCCACCUCGUGGCAAACUCUUCUUCUUCCCAGAAUUCCUUCCUCCUCCUCCUCCCACCCCCCCCGCCACCCCCACCCCCGGACCCUGCCUUUCCAUCCUCCUCUUCCCCUGCGAUUUCUGCAUUGCUGUCUCCUCCCAAAUGUGAUGGUGCAACCGCUCCUCCCAUGUCACCUGACCCCUCCCCUCCUCCCGGCAGUACCAUCGGCCCCGCCCCCUGCCCCACACUGCCUCCGCCCAGAGUUCCGCCCCUCACCCUCAGGGUGCCACCCUCCUGGUUCCUUUUUCCCAUGCCCCACCCUCUGGUUCCCACGGUGAUGCAGCAGCUGGGGGGGAGUGGACGGACAGGGAGGGGAGGGGACAGUGAGGCAGGAUCCAUUAAGUAAUACAAAGCCUUUGUUUUCAGCUCCUGUUGUUUACAAUAGGAACAGGCAGCAUCCGCGGUAUGAGCCACUUUCAUAUGAUAUUAUCCGAGAUCUCUGCAAGUCCAAACAAGAAUUUGGCCCAAAAAAGCGAAUUUUUUCAGAGCAUUUUAAGAACUACCUUUUCAAAAACAUUAAUCCCUGUUGAUAUUAAAUGUCUGUUUAGUUGUUUGCACCCCCCAUCAGAGUAUAAAUUGUGGGAAAGGACUUGGAAAAGGUUAACAGAGGACCUCCUCCCAGAGAUCCAAAAGAGUGAAGAAUGUGCUGCCGAUGCUGAGGGCCACCCAAUUACAAUCAGCCUUCUUAUUGGUGAGCUUGAUUGGAGCUUGGCACAAAAACAAGCAGCAGUGAUUCCUAGAGAAGUCUGAAAUAUGAUUACAUCUACAGCUGAGCAAGCAUUCUUUGGGAUGCCUUCCAAAGAACCUGUGGUGCCUUAUAUUGCAAUUAAACAAACACUUUCUGAACCAUUUGUAGAUUUUGUUGACUGAGUCAGAGCUGCGGUUGAGAGAAAGGUGGACAAUCCUCAGCUACAAGAACAGAUGAUUUUAGACAUUGUAACCACCAAUGCUAACAAGAUGUGUGGCAGAGUAAUCCUAGCUCUUCCCACAUCACCACUGCCGACCCUCGAUCAGCUGAUCGAGGAGUGCACAUGCAAAGCCAUGCUCGUCAGAGAGGACAUCAUUAGAUCCAACCCAACAUCAGAAAAGACUAUGGCAGCAGUCUUCUCAGCUCCAGCAAGAACCACCUUCUCCACAAGACCUCCAAGAUCACCGGGCUGCCGGGCAUUGUUUUCAUUGCGACCAAGAUGAUCAUUUCAUUCAUCUCUGUCCUUUUCUAGGGAGGGCUCCCCAAGUGUGGGUGGAGAUGUGAGGGGAGAAAAAGGUGAUCAAGUUUCAAGUCACCACGCUCAAAAAACGUGAGCAUUCAGCAUAAGCAAGCCCCGCGCAAGGACCUAAAUAGGGCGAUUUGCGGGGUGCCAGUCACUUCUAAAAAUAAUUGCCAAUUAACCACAUCGGACUUUCAUGAACCGUUCAGACUCAGACUAACUAACCCUAUCUUUUAUUCCAAUCAGGACUGGCAUGAGAUUGGCACGGAGCCUGGACUUCUCCCACACAUCCAGUAGGUAGAGGCCUACAGGCACAUUCCAUCACUGAAUUGCAAGUACCUCGUUGUCAGGGACACAAAAUACACUCCCUUCGGUGUUGAAGUCAUUCCUGCAGUCCUUACACUUAACCCAGAACACUUCACCCUCAUGACGCGCUGUGUCCAUCCCCCCCUCCCUGCCAGAAGGCCAGAUCAUUGCACAAGCUAUCCCAAUACCCCGUUUUAUGUGUGAUGACCUGGACCUUUCUGUUUUCUACAUCGAGGUGCUAGGAGAGGAAAAGCCCCAUGUGUGGUGUAGCCUUAAUAGCAAGGGGCAUUCUAUCCAACUUCAGGGGAUGAUGGACACGAGAGCAGACGUGACAGUCAUUCCCCCACACAAAUGGCCGCCACAAUGGGAGUUGCAAGAUGUGAAUCGCUCAGUUCAAGGGAUUAGGGGUCUUCAAUCAGCCCGAAGAUCUAAGAGCAUAGUACAAAUUAUGGGGCCGAAUGGGCAAUUAGCGUCUAUCCGCCCAUUCAUUUUAAAUUCCACAUUUACCCUGUGGGGGAGAGAUGCCAUGUCACAGUGGGGGGCAAAAUUGGACUUGCUUGCUCCUCAGCCUUUUUAGGCACGGCCACUGCGGGACGCCCUACCUUGAAGCUGAAUUGGCUUACUGAUAAACCAGUCCAGGUAGGUCAGUGGCCACUCAACAAACAGAAAUUAAAGGCACUCACUCAGAUUGUGGAGGCAGAACUGGCCAAGGGCCAUAUAUUAGAAACCAACAGCCCCUGGAACUCUCCUGUUUUUGUUAUCAGAAAUCACGGAGGUGACAGGUGGCGUCUCCUCCAUGAUCUGAGAAAAAUAAGUGAUGUCAUCGAAGACAUGGGAUCUCUCCAACUAAGGAUGCCUUCCCUAUCUACGCUCCCACAAAAUUGGAAAUUGGCAUUGACAUAAAAGACUAUUUCUUUUACAUUCCUAUUCACCCGGCUGAAGCGCCACGGUUUGCUUUCUCUGUGCCCUCCAUCAACAGAGCUCCCAUGAAGUGCUACUACUGGUGUGUUCUCCCGCAAGGGAUGAAAAACAGUCCUAGUAUCUGCCAGUGGUAUGUCAGAAGAGUUCUGUCCCCAGUGUGCAAAAGGGAGAAAAAAAAGUAUAAUGUAUCAUUAUAUGGAUGAUGUUCUUAUUUGUGCCCCUGACGACAACAUGCUUGCAUGUGCCUUAGAGGACACUAUUGCAGCCUUAUCAGGGGCAGGAUUUGAGCUGCAAGAAGAGAAAGUCCAAUGCCUUGGAGGUAUCUGGGCCUUGAAAUCACCAAACGCACCAUCACACCCCAAAGAAUCUUAAUUAAUGACAACCCCAAAACCAUGAGAGACCUGCACCAACUUUAUGAUUUGUUAAACUGGAUCAGGCCCUGGCUGGGGCUCACCAUGAGGGAGCUGUCCCCUCUCUUCAACUUAUUAAAAGUGGGGGAGAGCCUGGAUUCCCCAAGGGCCUUGACUCAGGAGGCCAGGGCUGCACUCGAGAAGGUCCAGUCCACCAUCGCAAGCAGGCAAGCCCAGCAGUGCCAUGAGGAUCUGCCCUUCAAUUUCAUAAUCCUGGGUAGGUUACCACAUCUCCAUGGGUUGAUUUUCCAAUGGGACACGGACCAGAGGGACCCUCUCUUAAUCAUAGAGUGGGUGUUCCUCGGUCACCAGUUGUCCAAAAGCAUCACCAAGCCACAAGAACUGCUGGCCCAGCUGAUCAUAAGGGCUAGGGCUCGCUUGUGCAUGUUGGCAGGGUGUGAUUUUGCAUGUAUCUACCUCCCCAUCAAAACAUCCAUGGGGAGAAUGGAUUGUGAGACCUGGAAGCAUUUGCUCCCUCAAAAUGAGAUUCUGCAAUUCUCCCUAGAUAGCUACAUCGGACUAAUUUCAAUCAACCAUCCGGCUCACAAAUUAUUUAACACUGAAUUUAAUCUGAUCCCAAAAGAGAUCCAAAGUUGUCAGCCACUCAAAGCUCUCACAGUUUUCACAGAUGCAUCUGGAGGAUCCCACAAGUCAGUAAUAACCUGGAAGGAUCCUCAAACUCAGCUGUGGGUGGCCGAUGUGAAGAUCGUGGAGGGUUCUCCUCAAGUUGCUGAGCUGGACGUAGUUGUCUGAGCCUUUGAGGAUUUUCAGAGCCUUUUAAUUUGGUAACUGAUUCGGCCUUUGUAGCAGGUGUAGUGUUCCAGGCAGAACAUGCAGUAGUCAAAGAGGUCUCUAAUCCUGCCAUCUUUAGCUUGCUUUCGUGUUUAUUACACCUAGUUUCCCACCGGGAGCAACCCUUUUUUGUGAUGCAUGUGAGAUCACACACCGACCUCCCUGGGUUCAUUGAUGAGGGAAACCGCAGGGCGGAUGCCCUGGCCGCACCUAUACAGCUGGCUGGCCUUCCUAAUAUCUUCCAGCAGGCCAAGUUAAGCCACCAGCAGUUCCAUCAAAAUGCCCCAGGGCUGGUCCGCCAAUUUCACCUUCGGCAUGACCAAGCCAAAGCAAUUGUGGACACAUGCCCCAACUGUCAGAAGACAGCUUUACCAUCAUUGGGUUCUGGGGUGAACCCUAGAGGGCUCCGCAGUUGCGAGGUGUGGCAAACUGAUGUCACUCAUGUGCCCGAGUUUGGACGGUUCAAAUACGUCCAUGUAUCCAUGGACACUUUCACAGGGGCAGUCUUCGCCUCAUCCCAUGCUGGGGAAAAGGCAGCAGAUGCUCAGAACCACCUAAUGCAUGCCUUUGCAGUUUUAGGAAUCCCAUCAGUUAUCAAAACGGAUAAUGGCCCAGGUUAUACCUCCAAGGCGUUUGGCACCUGCCAUGCUCCUCGCAAUUGUCAUCUAUGGGCUCCAGUUCAAGGCCUUAAACCAGUCCUUGGUAGGUGUGUGGAUUGUCCCACAGCCUCGAAAAAACGUCUGGGUGACCCUGGUCCAUUCCCUGAACCAAAGCCAUCUGUGCCUCUCCACUACAGCAGCAGACAAUGCAAUGUCAACCUGCCUGGUGGGGAUUCCUUAUCCAGGAGUCCCCUCUCGCCUUCUCUGAGGUCUGUGCACCCUAGGGCUCCUAUCCCUGGCAUCACCCAACAUGACCCAAAUUCCAAUUCUGAGUGCUAAAACAAGCUCAAAAGUUGUCGAAAGGGGUGCAACUCAAUUUGAUAAGCAUUGUGCCAGUGAAAUUUAUCAUUGGGCCAAAUCUAAGCAUCUCACUGUAUCCGUUUUUCUACCUUGGGCAGCAGCUGCUAAAGUUCUGAGUGAGCUGGGGAAUCUUAAAUGCUGGGUGUCUCGCCAGGUGAACUUAACAUCUAGGGCCUUAAGCAACCUCUUAGAGGACAAGGAGGUAACCAGACGAGUGACCCUGCAGAGUAGGGCAGCCAUCGAUUUUCUGCUGCUGGCACACAGGUAUGGAUGUCAGAAGUUUGAGGGGCUGUGUGUUUUAAUCUGUCAUCUAAGAGCCAGUCGAUCCACGCGUUCAUCCAAGAAAUCAAAGGCGCGGUGGGCAGUGUGCAGCAGGAAGGUGAGGACAGGUUUAAGAGCCUGUUCAGGAACUGGGGUCUUUCUGGGUGGAUGCUGUCCCUCAUAAAGGACAUAAGCUACCUCAUCAUCCUUUUCCUGUUGUCCUUCUGCUUCUGUAUCUUAGAACGAGUCAUCACCUCCUCCCCCACAAAGCCUUCCUCAGCAUCCAGGAUUGCAGUGGCUGCCAUAACAAGAAAUAGUGGAUGGCAGGAAAACCAGAAAACAGAGAGCACCAGGGUGUAAAAGAGACUGGACUUUGUUCUUUUUCACAGUGCCCUUCUUCUUCUUUUUAAAACAAAGAAGGGGGAGAUGUGGCAUCAUAUGUUUUUAGAAUUAGUUAUUCCUUUUGUAAGUUAAUAAUGGUUUGGUCCUCAGUUCCCCCCCCAUGUACUUCCUUCACAAUGGUUUCUCCCUAAGUUGUUUAUUCCUUGUUGUCCCGCCAGUGGUUUGUCAUUCAGAACAUCCCUUGAUGCCCUUAUGAGUUUAUUUCUUCCCUUUUGGUGCUGCUUACCCCCCCUUUCUGUCACAGUAACCACCCCCAUUUAUUUCGAGAAUUUUCUGUGUCAACCAUCCCUUAUUUGAUGUAUGAUUUGCUCCCGGGGUUUCUCCCCUCCGCUGUGUGAUCCUCAGUGGCUUAGCUGUAACCCACGCUCCUCCCUGGGUCCUCGUUUAUUGGUUAGCUUUGUGUCUCCUCCUAUCACACCCACUCCCUUUAUCUGUCCCUCCCCAAGCCCUCCUCCCUGACACCCGUCCCUGGCCCCGCCUGGGAAAUAAAGCUCCUUGGUACCUA